AUGGCACCUUACGAGGCACUGUAUAGUCAUAAGUGUCGUACUACCUUAUGUUGGACUGAGUUGGGCAAGCGACGUGUUCUGGGCCCUAAAUUAUUCUCCGAGAUAGAAGAUAAGGCUAGAUUGAUCAGAGAUCGUCUGAAAGCAGCUUCUGACAGGCAGAAGUCUUAUGCGGAUCUGAAGAGACACGAGAUUGAGUAUUUUGUAAGAGAUUUUGUGUUUCUGAAGGUCUCGCCAUGGAAGAGGGUUCAGAGGUUCGGUCGCAAGGACAAGUUAAGCCUUAGGUUUAUUGGGCUAUACCGGAUUCUGAAACGAGUGGGCCCGGUCGCUUACCAGUUGGAGUUACCUCCAGAGCUAAACCGCAUUCAUGAUGUGUUCUACGUUUCGAUGUUGAGGCGCUACCACUCUAAUCCCACGCAUGUUGUUUCAGUUGAAGAGAUCGAGGUUAGGCCAGAUCUGACUUUCGAGGAGGAUCUUGUACAGAAAUUGGAUCGCAAUGUAAUGGUUCUAAGGAGAAAGUCUAUCCCACUAUUCAAGGUUUUAUUACGUAAUCAUAUCACUGAGGAGGCUCCUUGGGAGCAGAAGGAUUCGAUGCGAGAUCCUGUGUUCAAGUCUCUGCUUAGGCAAGGGAUUUAUUUUGCUGCCGGCGGGUGGUAG